AUGGCCGCCCGUCUCUCAUUAAAAGAUAAGCUAGCGGCUCUCAGAAAGGCCCAUGGGUGUCGUCAACGACAGGAGCCACCGGGGGAUGUUGAAUCCGGCGUCCUUCUGCGUCUGUCAGACUUUUCACAGGCGAGACCAGAUGGAUCAUUACCAACAGAAGCAAAGAGGGUAUCAGCAAAGACCACAGCAGUAAAGGGGCAAGAAGAGGCAGCACCUUUUGAACACAGUUACUGGCCCAUUGUUCGCCAAUACAUCGAAAACGGAGGCCACGCAGGACACACAAGACGCAUCAGAGCCGUCUGUCCCAUCUGCUCCGACGAACUGACCAUCCACGGCAUCGAUCCCGCCAAAGACAGACUGAUCGAUCAGGCAUUCUAUUCCAUUGGCGACGAAAUGCCCGCGUUCACCCGGUGCGCGACGAUUCCUUGCGGUCACCUGUUUUGCCCAGACUGCCUGGACAGGGCAUUCGAAGCGGACCGCGAGAUGCAUCGCAGGCGAGCGUGUCCCGUCUGCAGGUUGAAGGUGGACUGUGGGCAAUGUGGCAGGAUGGGGCCUGUGGUGCAUCUCCCUGUUACUGGUAUCGCGGCUAGAUGGAUUGACUUUCCGAGGACGGUGGCUGAAGGGGGUUGUUGGCCGCUGUGGAAGGUGGAAAUGACUUAG